GUGAUAGUCAACAAGAGGUAGAAAGCUGGCAGAAAUCAUAUUGAAUUUCAAAAAAGAAUAUUGUUUGAACGCAAAGAUGUACCUUGCUGGCAGUUAAGUUUUCAAUCACAUUACCAGAGCACAUCCUCAACAUGUUGAAGCAGAUUCUUGCGUUUGUUUUUCUACUGGCAAGCGUCUCGACUGUGUAUUGUGGAGACGCACUGCAAAAGACACAUACGGACAACAGCACAUUUCAACACCAAUCAAAACGAAACGCUGGUUCAACACAGUACCAUAUGCCUUACUCUGGUGAUAUUAGACAUCCAGUGUUUGAUGGUAAAGAAAUCUACAUUGAAGGAGACAUUCUUGAACGUCCCCACAGAUUUACUGUGGACCUGUGUGAGACUAAAACUUGCUUCAACGACAUCGAAAUGCAGGCCGACUAUCGUUUUGCGACACAGGUAUUCUCCAUGAAUUACAGAAGGAAUCUGCAUUGGGGAACGGCAUCAGAAUACAGUGGGAAUCAUUUAGAAGUAGGGAAAAAAUUAAAAAUGACAGUUUUGAUUGAAAGCCAACAAUUCAAGAUAUUAGUCAACAGCAAAACUUUUGUUAUGAAGGCAGACGUUAGGGUGCCAAAAUUAAAGUAUAUUCGGAUUCGUGGGACUGCUAACAUUGAUUGGAUUUUGUAUUCAGUAAGAGACAUAUUUUAA